AUGGGAGCAGAGCAAACAAAAGAAAUUAAAGGAGGAUAUAGGAUUAUAAGGAUAUCUGAAAAUAGUCCUGCAUCAGAAUGUGAUAUGGAAAUAUUUUUUGAUUAUAUUAUUCAAAUUGAUGAUUUAAAAUUAAUAGAUUCUUCAAAAGAAAUAUAUGAAUGCUUUAUGAAGAAGAUAAAAGAAAGUGAAAAUAAACUUCUUUUAUUGCUAGUAUAUAAUUGUCGUUAUAAAAAAGUUAAAGAAGUAAAAGUUACACCUAGGAAAUGGAAGGGAAAUGGAUUACUAGGAAUAAAUAUAAACUUUGAAUUUUUAAAUGCAAUGAAUGAGGGAGCGAGGAUUUUAGAUAUAUUUGAAAAUUCACCAGCAUUUAAAAGUAAUUUAAAUGAAUAUAGUGAUUUUAUUAUUGGAUAUGAUAAUAAUAUAUUUAGAAAUCAGGAAGAGUUAAUGAAUUAUAUUGAUAUAAAUUAUAUGAAUUAUAUUAAAGAAAAUAAAGAAGAAAAAUAUAAAACAUAUUUUUAUGUUUAUAAUUGUAUAACAGAAGAAAUCAGAAAAGUAGAAAUUGAACUUAAUAACUCAUGGGGAGGUAAAGGAUUACUAGGUUGCAACAUAGCUAAUGGAAUUUUACAUAAAAUUCCUUUUUGUAAGAAAAAUAUUUUAAAUAAGAAAACAGAUGUAGAAAAUGGGAUGGAAGAUGACGGAUAUCACAUUGGCAAUAUAAAUGAAGAAACAUAUAAUAAAUCUAAUAAUAAAUAUACAAAUAUUAAUACUUCAAAUUGUAAUAAUUUAAGAAGUGCUUUACAUAAUGAUAAAUUUAGUAAUACGAAUACAUUAGACAUUAAUAUAAUAGAAAACAAUAAAUUUAUUCAUAAAGAAAAUAGCUAUAUAAAUAAAUAUAAUAGUGAUGAUAAAAAUAAUGACGAUGAUAAAGGUACUGAUGAUGAUAAAGAUAAUGAUGAUGAUAAAGAUAAUGAUGAUGAUAAAGAUAACAGUAGCAAUAAUAAAAUUAUUAGUAACAAUAAAAAUAAUAAUAUGAAAAGGGACAAUUAUAAUGAAAUAAAUGGUAAUAAAUUUAGUUUAAUUAUGAAAGACAACAGAGAAAAUAGAGAACAUAAAAGUGAAGUUAAAUUAGAUAAUUCAAGUGAAAAUAUAGAAAAUAAAGAUACAAAUAGCUAUUCAAAUUAUGUAAAAAAAAUGAAAAUUUACAGCAAGGAAAUGGUUGAAAUAUAUGAAAGUAUGAACCGAAAUAGUGAAAUUUUAAAUAAUAUUAGAAUAAGUACAAAAAACAAUUUUUCAGAUUAUAGAAGUAAUUCUGUAGAUAAAUACGUUUGUUCAGAUAUGAAAAAUUCUGAAGCACAAAAUAUACAUUUUGAGUCAUAUGAAAAAGGUAAAAUUAUAGAAUAUAAUAAAUCUAAUAGUUUAGAUUGUUAUUAUGACUAUAAUAAUAAUUCUGAUGAGAAUGAUAUUAUAAAUAUAAAGAAAGAUGCAAAUUAUAUUAAUAAGGAUAAUACCACAAUAGAUAAAAUAUUAAAAAAAGAUGAUAACGAUACAGAGAGUCAUAUUGAUCUAUUAAUUAAUGAUUUGCCUAAAGCUGGUAUAAUUUAUCCAACAUCAGAUUUAAUAUAA